UUGUAUAUGUUAAAUUCUCCGUAUCCAUAAUUGAAUAGAAGAAGGCAAAAUAAUUGUUAAGUGAUAUAUUAUCAAUUUAUGCAAAAUCGUAGCAUAUGGCAAGUUGAAGUCAAUGAGAAAACCUCUCUGUCGUUGCAAACGAUUUUCAUAGUCGGUUCUUAUUGAGUCGUUUGGGUUUAUUAAACGAUACAGUGUAUUGCGGUAGUUAGUAAAAUGCCUGAAUUUCCGCCGGAAACACCAGUUUCAAGUGAAACUCAUCGCGGUACUACUUUGAAUAUUGCGAGUGGAACGCGUUCCUCCACUCCAAAUUUUGGUCAUACGAAUCGUUGUACGAUUGCGGUGAUUGUCUACUUUGCUUUAUUAUUGGAUAAUGUUUUACUCACAGUUAUUGUGCCUAUUUUACCGGGUUAUCUAGCCUCCAUUGACAAUAAAACACAUUAUACUUCACUGGACACAGUCGGCGGUUUUAAUGCUGCCACAAGUCAAAGUGGCAGCGCAAUAUUACCACAAAAUAUAGCAUAUAGAAAUCUGGAUGGUUCGCCAAAUCUACAAGCAGUUUUAACAAAACAUCCCAUUCCCGCAGGAAAAUCAAUGGUGAACUUCACACUACCACCUACAGCAAUCGAGGACAAGUCUGCCUCUGCAGCCACAACAGCAGCACAAAGGCAAAUUAAACAUCUGGUGAGUAGCGGAAAUGGCACAACCAUAAAAAAUAUAACAGCCGGAAACAACAAUACCGUUAACAAUUCGUCAAAUGGCAGACGUGAUGAAGGAAAAAACGGAAGAAACACCAUGGAUACACUCUCGAGUGAGAAUGGUUCAAUUGGUAUUUUGUUGGCUAUGAAAGCAUUAGUUCAAUUGAUUUUUAAUCCAAUUGUGGGUAACUUAUCUAGCAAACGUUUCGGUUAUCGUGUACCCAUAGUUGCCGGAACAUUUUUUCUCUUGGUGUCAUCCUUAGUUUUCGCUAUUGGAGAAGCGUACUUUACGCUUUUACUUGCACGUGCUAUACAAGGUAUUGGUUCGGCUUGCAUUGGAGUCUGUGGCAUGAGUUUAGUGGCACAAAGUUAUCCAGAGGAGGGACGUCGUUCGAAAGUAAUGGGCAUCAUUUUGGGUAGCAUUGCGUUGGGAGUAUUAUUGGGUUAUCCAUUUGGUGGCAUACUUUAUGAUUUAAUUGGAAAGUCGGCACCAUUUAUUAUACUAUCGGCAAUCAUAUUUCUCAACUUAGCUAUGCAAUUGGUAACAAUGGAUUUAUCAGUACAACCUGAGGUAUGA